AGGUAUACAAGCUUUGUCCAGACCUUGCAACAAAUGGCAUGCAAUUUUAGAUAAUUACCGGCUAAGUAUUGGAGCAACGAAUUCUAUGUAGAUUCAAUGCCGCACGGCGCACUUAUAGGUAAAAUUGGUAAAUGGCGUUAAUAAUAAGCCAUUAUUUAUUAUUUCAUCGUUAUCCCCUAUGGCUUGAGCCAACGGCUAAUAACCAACAAAUGCAACCCGUAGUCCAAGAGACCAGUAGGCGCCGGGUCGCGGUUGGCGCGCAUCGUGUCCCCCUCUUCAAAUAUCGAUAGUGACAAAAGCAGUGAACGUGAAACUGUAUUUUAUAGAUAUAAAAUAGCUAGAAUGAUUAAGAAAAUAAUAAUCAAACUAAGACGCCGGCGAAUAUUAACAUGCGUCGUCUUGGUGAUUCUUUGUGGCUACGUAGUUCUACAGACGCCACUGUCCCCAGACCUUUACUUUAUUCACUGGGGCCCUUUAGAAGAUAUAUCGUGCCAUUACAUAGACCCAGACAAUACUUUACCCCGAGCAGAGAGCGGGGAGUUUCAACCGCCAUCCCGCUCAAUAUUCUUCCACGAAACAUCUUGUAAAGGAGAUUUGGAUCCGCGGCAAGCAUGUGCUGUGGAAUCUGCGGCCCGCGCUCACCCUGGAUGGCAAAUAAACGUUCUAUUCGCUGCUCCUGUGCAAAAGAACACUUUGAAAAAUGGUAGUUUAUCAGUGUUAAGGAACUUUACAAAUGUUAGAUUAUCUAGAGUGCAAAUUACUAAUUACGCUAAAAGAACUCCUUUGGAGAGUAUGGUUUCCGGUGGUGCGUUGAACAGGACACGGUGGCGUAUAUCGCACACGUCUGAUGUGCUUCGGUAUUUAUCUUUAUAUAAGUUUGGAGGGGUGUAUUUGGACUUGGAUGUGGUGGUAGCGAAGGCGCUGGAUCCGCUGGUGAGGAACUGGGCGGCGAGGGAGACGGACACGGCGGUGGCUGCUGGAGCCCUGGCUUUCUCAAGGGACCAGCUUGGUAGGAGCGUCGCUGAGGCGGCCAUCAGGGACAUAAAGAACAACUACAGGGGCGACGUGUGGGGCUACAACGGCCCUGGCGUGAUCACGCGCAUCCUCAAGCAGCAGUGCUCGACCAGCAACCUCAGCCAAAUGUCUGCCGCUACUUGCAACGGUUUCGAGGUGUACGGUCCCCAGUUCUUCUACCCGGUGGAAUACUGGAAAGGAUGGGAAUACUUCAAGCCGGGCGAGAUAAAAUUAGAAGACACUGCGUACAUUUUCCACGUAUGGAACAAACUGACAGGUCACCUCGAUGUCCAUAAGGAUUCUCCUUUCGCUAAAUUAGCAAGGAAAUACUGCCCCAGUGUUUAUAAAUUAUAUGGCAAAGACUUUUUACUACCUGUUACCCUUAAUUCAACGAAGUAAAUUCGUAGCAUAAUAAUAUGAUAGUUGUAAUUUUGCCGAAUAAUUAUUUAUAUAAGAAUAGAAUAUUCAGACAAUUGACAGAUAUUCGAGAAUAAAGCACGAAGUGAAUCUGUGCUAAAAUAUACUCAAACACACCCAAAUUAUCAGUAGCAAAAUGUGCAAAAUUCAAAUUUCUGUGGAAAGUCUCUUCGCGCCUAUAGUUUUUAAAUUUGCCGUCCUUUUCUACUGACAAAGUCAGUGUCAAAGGGCCAGUGUAUAAAUAUCCAAUUUAUAAUUUAUAUUCUGUCAAGCUCAAACCCAUUAUCGUGUCAUAGAAAAUUUAAAAUUUCGCACCUUUUUCUACUACUGUUGUUUGACAGGUUUAAUAGAAGUUUUGACAACCAACCGCGCGUUUUUUUAACCGCCCUAUAAUGCGUUGUUCACACGAUGCGCCUAAGAGUAUGUAUCAACAAUAUUUUUGUUUAAGUGUUUUAAGAUGGUUUUAAGCUUUAUACUCAUGGCUGAAACAUGAUAUGUGUAUAUUAGGAAAGUAAAAAUAUAAGUAUUUUCUUGAAUUAAAGAAUAAUCUGUUAAGUCUGUCAAACCAUACAAUACGUCAGUAGAAAAAAGCGUAAAAUUUAAAAAAAUGUAAGCGUGAAGGGCUACUAUUCCAUAGAAACUUUUCAUUUCGUGCCUUUUUCUACUCACAAAGUUGUUUGACAGACUAUUAGUUCGUAUUUCAUAGGCGGAUCAAUGGGGGACAAAUAAAAAUCACUCUUAGACCUAGCAUAUGUUACGAAUUAUAAUAUGUGGGAAGUUGUUUAACCAGUGUCGAUGGAGUUAAAGAUAUUUUAUGUCAUAUCAGUAUUGGCUUAUCUAAACUGAGGAUAUUUAGUCUACUCAGGUCCCAAUACCUACAUUUUAUUUCGUUUUAUCAAUGAGUACCUGGGCGACCGAGCUUUGCUCGGUUAUAAUAUAACUAUUUAUUGUAAUAUGGUGGUGUAUAGGUGAUAAUCUACAUAAACUUAAAAAAUAAAAUGUGAACUGACAAUUAUUAUUAUUUACAAUCGAUUUUAACCUUACAGCACUUGUCACAGAGUAACGCCAUCAUUGCCAAUUUCUCUUAUUACAUAGGUCAUUUUUUUACUAAAACAAACUUGUCUAAAACAAUAAAAAUUAAAAAAUUAUAUAUAAACUUGAACAUAUAAAAAAAAAAACAAAAGUUAGUCAUCGGGCGAGAUUCGAACCCGUAACACUCGUUUAGCAGUCCGCGUCUUAACCCGCUGAACCAGACGGACAGUGGCCGGCAACACGGAAUUAGCGACCAUAUUCUGCGUCGAAAGAAAAACACAUGGAAACUCGAAAACACGCGUUUUCCCAAACAUAAGACUAAUCUAGAUAGAUUGUAUACCCCCAAAAACCCCCAUAUACCAAAUUUCAGCGAAAUCGUUAGAGCCGUUUCCGAGAUCACAGAAAUAUAUAUACAUAUAUAUAUACAAGAAUUGCUCGUUUAAAGGUAUAAGAUAACGUGUUAUUUACCGAAAGUUUACAUACGAGGAAGAUUAGAUAUCUACCUAAUCAUGUCCGAACGUAUGGAACUUUACACAUAAAGUUGAGCUCCUGUCAACUGAAUUUUUUUCACUGCACAAAUUUCUACAACUUUAUCACCGGUAAGUAUUUACCUGCUUAAGGGCCAAUGGGGUUGGCCGGUCGAAGUAUUUAACAGAUGGCGCCAUCAUAGCUUGCCCUGUCAAUCCCUAGAAUUGUGUCAAAUUCUUGUUUUUUUUUUGGAAUUUUGUGACCUGGAUUCCAGUACUUUAAGCCAAAUCUCAUAGAACAAAACUAGAGACAGGGGCAAGCUAUGAUGGCGCCAUCUAUGCAAACCUUUGACAGUUGCCAAUCCCAUUACAUCCCACAUCCACAUGCAAACAAGCCCGACGAGUAAGAGUAUUUUUCCAUUUCACCAAAUAUCAGGACAUCUUUUACAAGAUUUGACAUGUAAAAAAUACUUUGUCUCUAAUAGGGUUAUUUCCAUCUACAAAUCUUAGGGCAGAAUUGUAUCCCAAUAAAUUCUUUUGGAUUAUAAGAACAUGCUAAACGGCUUUUAGGGGACCUGUAAUGACCAUAUUUUUGUAAAUAUUAAAUUUAAAAUAUCUUUUGGCACACGUCACGUGACCAAACUCGAAACGUCAUUGAAGAUUCUGAUGACGUCACAACUCUCGGAUUCACACUGUUGACAGUUAGGCGAAAAAUAACAAAUGACAUAUGUUGACAGUUCGUAUCUUCUACGUUUGUAUGUAGUUAUGUGUCACACCGUAAACUGUGACGUCACACAAUUUUCAAAGAGCGUUUUGGGCGCCAAAGCAUCUGUCAAAAUAUAUUUUGUUAAUUUAAGAUAUUUAAAGCCGUUUUUAGUAUAAAUGUAGUUGAAUUUUAGGGCAACUUUUAGUUAAUAUAGAACGUAAUACAAGCGUUUCAAAAAAUUGGAAACAACCCUAUUGCCAAAAAUAUUCAAUGUUUGGUAUUUUUGCAUAUGAACCAUUUUUUAAAUUUCUAAUAUUGUUAACGAUGUCCUGAUAUUCCGUGAAAUGGAAAACGAUUAUCAGGCCCGACAUCGGGACUGACUUCGGGCCCGAUAUCAGGAGGUGUGGAUGUAUGUAAUUGGCCCUGCGCUUGAUAAUGAUAAUCAUGUUUCAGAGUCCUGAAAAUUUUAAUUACUUACUGUUAAAUAGGUAUAGUAAAAAGUAACUAUUGUGUAAGUAUAAUCAGGGCCGGAUUUAGGGGAGGGCAACCGGGGCUACUGCCCCGGGCCUCUACAAAAGAGAGGCCCCCACAAUAAAGAAUUCGGAAAAUUUAUCAUUUUAUUUGGAAAAAAUUUGGGGCCAGGGGGCCUCCACUCCUUUAUUGCCCGAGGCCUCCAGACCUCUAAAUCCGGCAUUGAGUAUAAUGUUACAUUGUGACUUGUUGUUAAUAGGAUAUAAGAAAAGUAAUACGACUAAUAUUGUAUAGUUUUAAAAUAUGUGGUUACCAAUCCCAAUCAGGCUUGAAAGGGAAGGUUUUGAAAUUCUUGCUCAAGAGCCAAGUCAGAAGAUAGAAUUAUAUUCGAUAAUGCCGCUUCAUUUUCAGAUAUUCGUCUUUAUAUAAUGUCCUAUAAUAUUUAUUAAAAAAAAAAAAAAUAUUCAUGGUACAAAUACAAACAGAGUUUUAUAAGUAGAUACACAGAAUACGAAUAUUAACACUGCUACCAGGAAGGAAUAUUGGAAAAUGUGUUUUUAUUGGGGUUCCUUACCAAAAAUGUACAAAAGGAGGGUUCCUUUGAAGGUGCGAAUAUGUCCGUCCGUCCUCUAUUCGUCAUACUGCCAAAUAUCUCGAGAACUACUUGAGCUAUCGAUUUAAAAUUUGAAAUGGUUAUGAACAAAGCUAACCCAAAUACAUUGAAAGUGUAAUUUUAUAUUUUAUUAAGUAUAGAAAAUGCCCAAUAUAAAGAGGGGGGCAAUUUUCAAAGUCUAAUUACGAGGCCAAGUGGAGUAGGUAUCAUUUAAAAGAUCUCAAAUUGAACAUUCCAAAAAAAAUUUUCAUAGUAAAAAAAGUUUUUUGAAGGAAAAUGUUAAAAAAUUACUUAUUUUUUUCAAAUUAGUUAGCCAAUUUACCGAUAGAUGGCACGUUCGUAAUUAUUCUUAGGGCCUGUUUCACAAUGUCCGAGUAAAUUAUUGAAUAUAGCUAUACUUAACAAAUAUUUUAACUGCCAGAUAAAAUUACCUUAAGAUCUAAAGGUAUUUAUCUACCAGUUAAGAUUAUUAUGAAGAUUGUGAAACGCCAACGACUUUAUUCGCCAGAUAAGUGGCAAGUAGCUUAUUAAGGAAUUUACUUGGACAUUGUGAAACAGGCCCUUAGUAUACUUACCCUUAGGUCAAAACCCUUUCGUGUUUAAUGUUAAAUGGGAUAAUUGAAAGUUUGUACGGAACCCUCGGUGCGCGAGUUAAACGGACUCGCACUUGCCCGGGUUUUUCUUUAAAAAAGAUUGACGAGAUAGAUUAUUAUGCAUAGGGACUGUGUCCAGACCCCUGUUGUACUGUGAAACGUCGUAUAUUGGUAUAUGUGAUGAUGAUACUUAAAUGAUAAUCUAUCGACAUCAGUAUAAAAACUUAAGCAUGUAAAUCAAACUAGGACCAAAUAUACUAUGCGUAAUAUUAUGAUAAUGAGUUAAAUUGAUAUUACAUUUAAGAGCCCGCACACACAGAGAGCGGUCUGGAGUUCUGCGUUCUUUGCAAUGUAGGUAGCCAAAGUAGCUCCUAAUUAUGACGCUCAGGAGCCGUUGAGAGGGCCUACCGCGAACUUUACUCCAAUUAAGAGUGACAGAGAAAGAUUCCCGCAAUUUGCGAAUUAAGGUGUGUUUGCGGUGGGCCCUCAAAACACAGCAGUCAAAGAGAACGCCUGCGUCUCAAAGUUCGUUGCCCGUUAGGACACAGAACGCCAGAAUGUCACGAUAAAAACCGCCUUAGAUAUAUGUGACGUCUUGGCUCCGUUGUAUGACAAGGUGGUAAAUAAAAUACAGAUUGUGAUCGUAUUCUUUGCGACCGGUCCGCUUGCCCCGGCACUUGACAACAUAGUGUCGACUUGUAGGUAGUUCUCAAUCAUACUUUUAUUGUGUAAGCGUCACUAUAUAGAAAAAAAAACCAGCAAGUCAGAGAAAGGUGUAUUCUCUUCUCUAUGAUUUAAUUCAUAAUGACUACAAGAAUCAGGACAAAAAACUGAACUUUGGCUUGAAAGUACAUCAGUAAAAACAAUUAUUUCAAUCCAUUACUCUUACUUACACUUUUUUUACUAGGUACAUUGAAUAUUAAUUUUAGCUCAUUUUAGUGAUAAAACCAUGGUAAAACAAACAGAUCAAUAAUAUUAUAGCUUGUUCUCGCGUUGUAUUUAUGUUGGUGGACUCAGUGCUUUCAUUUUUUUAAAUGCCUCUAGUCAUUUUGCACGUACGAUAACACAAACAAAAAUAGAAAACAAGAUUUUGCAUCAGCUGCCCGCAGAAUGUGGACCUCCAGUCCGCUCCCUGAGUGCGCGGGAUCUAAGUUUUUAAGAUGAUUUGUAGACGAGGAGUAGUUUUAGUGUUCUUUUUUAUAAUAAAUAAUAAACAGCAGUAUUGAAA